ACCAUCAUUUAAAUGGAGAAGAGAGUCGGGGGCUUAUCUGAAGUAUUUUGACAGGUUGCUGAUAAUUGAUAAAGCACACCACUACAGAUAUAAAUACUGCCACAAACGCUGGAGCAAAGAGAAAAGAAAUCUGCGGUUUACUUUUGUGCUCACACCUUAGAGAUGCCUGGUUUUCUUUCGCUGGUCUGUGCCCUGUCAUUUGCGCUAAUCGAUUGCUUUGACAUUGGAAUAUCGACAAAGUGCGUAAACGUACCGAAAGAAAUGGGCUUGUGUCAGGAUGUUGGAUACUCAGAAAUGAGGCUUCCCAAUCUGAUGGGCCACACGACACUCAGGGAAGUUAUCCCGAAAUCUAUUGAGUGGGAGACGCUGCUUCGUACUGGCUGUCACUCACAGAGUGCCACCUUUCUCUGCUCCUUGUUUGCUCCCGUCUGCUUAGACACGUUCCUUCAGCCUUGCAGGAGUCUGUGUGUAGCUGUCAGGGACAGCUGUAGCCAAGUUCUCACCUGCCACGGACAGUCCUGGCCCGAUGCCUUUGACUGUGAUCGAUUCCCCGCCGAGGAGGACACCUGCCUCACAUCGAUCGGCACCGAAUCUUCUACCUAUCGAAAAUUUUUCCCCAAGCCAACUUGCCAGGGCUGUCCGACUACAGAGGAACCAGGAGCCCACAAAAGAGUUCUGCAAGCAUUUUGUCAGAACAAUUUCGCUGUGAAAGUUACCCUGACGAAAAGGAAGCGUGCCUCAGGUGAUUCCGAGUAUGAGGUGGAAGGAUGGGUGGAGAUGAUUAGCCCUGGUUCGCUGUUUCCCUUUGGAUCACGCACUAUUAUUCAGCAGUGGCUCCUGAUCAAUACAAACUGCGCCCACAAGCUGACACCCAGCAGCAACCGCGCCGUGCAAUACGUCCUUAUUGGCAAUGUUCAGGACACCAAUGUAAUCGUGAAUAAAAUCUACUUGUGGCAUAGAAAGGAUACUCCAAUCACACUCGCCGCUCGUAAAUGGAAGCAACAUAGGUGCUAGACAACGAUUGGUUUCGUAUAUUGUAUGUGACAUAUUAAUACUCAAUUUGCAUAUUGUAAAUAUAAAUUUAUAAUGUAAAAUAAUGUACAUCUGUUAAUGUUUGUAAACGUGUAGGUUGGAAUUGGCCUGUUAACGAUGUAACUGCAUUAUUAUUUAAACUGUGGAGUAUUGCAUAUGGAAGAAUGUAGCUGUAUACAGUAUUAUAUAAACUCUUCAAAACGCAAUUGCAUGGGUUGACUUUCGGUGCGAGAACAGUAAGGAAGGAAGUACCAAAUUAAUCAAUGGGAAGGCUGAUGGCCUCAUUGUCAUUCAUGUAAAAAUAUUAGAAUAACAUUAAAGACGAUGCUUAGUUAGACACAUUCAAAUAUUGCUACUUAGAUGAGAUAGCUGCGCCAGUAACUUUAUAAAACUGGUAUCACAGCGUCUGCUUCACCAUUUACAGAUAACAGCAUUGUUCUUUCUAAUGCACAUCCCCUUCUAACAAUCCGGCAAAUGUCAACUUGCCAAUCAACAACUCUAGCACUUAAGGUUAAUUUACAAAUGUUCAGUCUCAUUAAUUCGGGUUUUAAUUACUGGGUAAAAACCGAAAGAACUGUGGUUGCUGUAAAUCAAAGAA